AAAGAGUGCUGUGACGUCACUUCGUGUAAACAAAACAAACCGUCGAGUUGCGACAUCGUUGCUAAUUUUAAAGCUUCUUGCUGUUUCACUUCUAUAUAUCUAUAUAUAUUUAUAUAUAUAGACAUUUUAUUCAAGUUUGACGACGCCCGAUGCGAAGGUGCUUUCGCCACCGAGGCUAGCCGACCUAGCUUAGCUUGUCAGGCGAGUGGACUCGUCCAGAGCCGCCGAAGGGGACCGGGCGGAGGAGCCAUGGCCCAGCAGAGAGGAGUCAACAGCCUGCAGUUCAACCAGGACCAGAGCUGCUUCUGCUGCUCCAUGGAGUCCGGCGUGAGGAUCUACAACGUGGAGCCUCUGAUGGAAAAAGGUCACCUGGAUCACGAGCAGGUGGGUAGCGUGGCUCUGUGCUCCAUGCUGCAUCGAUCCAACCUGCUGGCCGUGGUCGGGGGCGGAGUCAAUCCCAAAUUCUCUGAAAUAUCGGUGCUGAUCUGGGACGACGCGCGUGAGUCUCGGGACGCCAAAGACAAGCUGGUGCUGGAGUUCACCUUCACCAAGCCCGUUUUGGCGGUCCGCAUGAGACACGACAAGAUCGUCAUCGUGCUGAAGAACCGCAUCUACGUGUACACCUUUCCCGACAAGCCCGCCAAGCUGUUUGAGUUCGACACCCGAGAUAAUCCCAAAGGUCUCUGCGACUUGUGUCCCAGCCUGGACAAGCAGCUCCUGGUCUUUCCGGGUCACAAGUGUGGAAGUCUGCAGCUUGUGGAUCUGUCCAACACCAAACCCGGAACGUCGUCUGCCCCGUUCACCAUCAACGCCCACCAGAGCGAGAUCGCCUGUGUGGCGCUCAACCAGCCUGGCAGUGUUGCCGCCUCGGCCUCCCGCAAAGGCACGCUGAUCCGUCUCUUUGACACCACCACCAGGGACAAACUAGUGGAGCUGCGCAGAGGCACUGACCCGGCCACGCUCUACUGCAUCAACUUCAGUCACGACUCAUCCUUCCUGUGCGCGUCCAGCGAUAAAGGAACAGUCCACAUCUUCGCCCUCAAGGACACCAAACUCAACCGCCGCUCUGCGUUGGCGCGCGUGGGGAAAGUGGGCCCUGUGAUUGGCCAGUAUGUGGACAGUCAGUGGUCCUUGGCCAGCUUCACCGUGCCCGCCGAGUGCGCCUGCAUCUGCGCCUUUGGGAAGAACACGUCCAAGAACGUCAACUCUGUCAUCGCCAUCUGCGUGGACGGGACCUUCCACAAGUACGUCUUCACGCCUGACGGGAACUGCAACAGGGAAGCCUUCGACGUCUUCCUAGACAUUUGUGACGAUGACGACUUCUGAGGAGACCCGAGCCGUUGACAACGGUAACGGCCGCAGGGACAAUGAGUCGCUGGUCGUCAUGGUAGCCGGCAGACUGAGACGUAAACACUUGAUGCGAUGAGUGUGUGAGUGCACGCUCCUCUUCUUCUUCUGUCCAUCGCUUUAGCUUAGCCCCUCCCCUUCCGCCACGCUGGAGUGAUCCACACUGACUGUACCGCAUGUUAACAUACGGGGACUGUUCUCUGCUCAAAACUUUAUGUAACAUGUUCACGAAGGUAUUUGAUCAUGCAUCAAAGAUUCAUUUCUUGCAAAGCCAGCCGACACCGCCCCCUGCUGGUGUGCCCGCUUAGCUAUUAGCCAUUACUACACGGCGAUGCCGUCACUGUAAAGAAAGGAGUCCGCCGGUCAAAGCCUGCAGUCGGAAGCAAACCAGGAAGGAAAAAACAAAAAGAGAGGGAGGAGACGGGACAAAAGAGACCUUCCUUUGACUCAGGUGUCAGCGGGGAACAUCUGCAUGGUCUCCAUGACGAGGGUCAGGUGGUCCAGGAAGGACUUGACGGACACGCGGAGGAUCCGAGCUUCGUCGGCGCUCCACCUCCUGAAACAGACGGUAUGCAGGGUCAGGGCCGGCGGUGUGUGAUUGGCUGCUGUCGGUGGCGGACGCCAAGGCUUCUCACACGGACAACGUGCUUCCAGACACCAUCAGCUGCUUGCUGAUGCCUCCUUUUCUGGGCUCACGGUCCGGGCUCAGAGAGCGCAGCGCGAUGGUGGCGUCCCGUGAGGACGGGAAGGGAACAUCCAGGGAACUGAAGGCAGGUGAAGGAAACUUUGGAGCCCACACACUCAUGACAAACUUUAUGAAAUACCAAUGAGCUACAUUUGGAAGAAUUCUGAACUCCCGGCGUGACUUCCUGUCCACCCUCAGCUCCCCUGGCACCAGAAUGGAACACAUUUACAGCAACACAUACAAACACAGUCCUAUGUAUUAAAUGGCCUGCUUAAUCUUAUUGUCGAGUGUGACUGUAAAGGUGACUAUUAUUACGUUAUUAUGUUAUGUCUCAAGGGCUCUACUAAUGUGACACAUUUAGAAGGUCGU